GGGAGAGCUAGUCUGGGAUGACGCAGAAGAGCAAACUCAACUUCGUGGCUGAAAACCAGAUCUGGAAGGAUCAUGUUGAAACUGAAAACAUAGCGGCAAGAAGAUGGCCCGAACGGUGGGGGUUUCUAUUAACACCAGUGGAAGAGUUGUUAAAAGAUGAAAAGAAGCCACCUGCCAAGCCUAAGAUCCCACUUCCAGAACACUUACAAAUCCGACCUGUGACACCGGUGGAAACAUAUAUUAAGAUUCACCCAUCUCCUCCUGUCCCUCAGACGACACAAGGCUUCAUAGGCUGGAGAUCCACGGUUCCAGGUCUGGGACUUGAACGUUACUCUAAGAUCAUAAGCACCAAAGGUGCCUUUUACAAAGACGUGCAGUGGCCAAAUGAACCAACCGACUGACUUCGUCCAGCUCUGUCAACUUCCCUCACUUUUAUUUCCACCAGCUUUUCAGAGGUUCCUUCUGGGUAGGAGAACAUACGUAUUAAGAAUGUGUUUGUCUACCAUUUCAGCAGUACUUUUAAGAGAAGGUUAACGAUGAGGUUAUGCAUGGCUUAGGGGUGUUUUAUUAAAAUCAGCAGUAUACAACA